GCAACAGCAACACAACUUAAGAUUAUCUAACAACAGACAUCAUCAUGAGUUUCAAACAUCCUAUGAUGUUUCUUCUGAUUGCUGCAAUGGCUAUUCCACAAACCAAAGCUAAGUUAGGGUUUCUCAGUGCUCUUCUUGGUUCGGUUAGUAACAUUCAAGGGACUGUGUUUUGCAGUUCCAAGGAUAAUGUCGCUGUCAAAGCUCCUUCAAACCCUGUUUUUCCAAAAACUACACAAUAUUUUUCAGAUGCUGAAGUGCAACUAGUUUGUGGAGAAAAGGAGUUUUCAAGCGCUAGAACAAACGAUGAUGGAAAGUUUUCUAUUAUGAUGGAUCCAUUGUUGUUGGAUGUUUCUUCAUUGCUGAAUGGUUGCAACUUAGUGGUUCCCACUCCUCUCUCCAACUGCAACACAAACCUUCCUUCUUCCGGAACUCUCAUUUCAACCCUAAACUUUGCUGGGAUCAAUCGUCUUGCCACUCCAAUUAUUGCUAACAUUAUUCCCUCCGGAUUUCACUAUGUACCUUCCACUUAAUCAUCAUCAAAUUAGGGAAAAUUUAUUAAAUGUAUAGCAUGACAAUUAACGACUUAUAAUUAAAUAAAGUCAUGCCAUCUCUAAUUAGUUUCUUGUUAUUUUUCUUUUCUAUAUUGUAUUUCUAUUGUGAUUGGAACGAGUUUCUAUAUAUUGAACUAUAA